AAUAAAGGAAGUAAUAUGUACUUUUUCCCUCAUAGAAUAAGAGCACGUUAAGUAGAUUGACCAUACAGGUAUUUAAGCAACACUUUUCCAACUAACAAAAACAACGAAUUUGCUUCAUGUAUUGACCAUUCCGUCACUUGAAAAAAAUUUGCAUUCCAUCACUUGUUUUCCAUGUUUAUUUCCCGCGAGUAAUUCAUGUCUUUUUUUCAGUCGCUAUUGCCCCUCUCGGUUCAUCAGCUUGUGUAUAGAACCUGCAAGAAGCUUAGUGCACAUGACAUACACACUUGUCUGUCCAAUCAACAAAUAUACUUACAAGUCAAUAAUGCAGCACUACCAACCACGUAUCAGUGGCCAGUUCAAACGUAGUGUAGCUGUAGGACAUGCGUAGCAGUUGUGGAAAACUUUUUCCUAGCGACAGCUUGGUUUAGACGACAGAUCAACCAGGGACAGCGAGAGCAUUGAUUUUUCUAAAUGGCGCCCCUGCUGUUGCUGCGUAGGCGCGUAGCUUUUGUGCUGGCUGCCGACCGAGACGAGCUGACAGUAACAGGCGCGCGAUGGCCGGCGGCGUCCACGAAGCGCGCGCCGGCGGCAGCAGGCCACGGCGGCGUCGUCCGCGGCGCGUGCUGAUGUUCCCGCUGCCGUUCCAGGGCCACAUCAACCCGAUGCUGCAGCUGGGCGACGCGCUGCACGCGCGGGGGCUCGCCGUGACCGUGCUCCACGCGCGCCUCAACGCGCCGGACCCCGCGCGCCACCCGGAGUUCCGGUUCGUGCCGGUGCCCGACGGCGUCCCGGCCCACGUCGCGGCGCGCGGGAACGUCAUCGACAUCAUCGAGGCCAUGAACGCGGCCAUGGAGGCGGACGGGUCGGGGCCCGUCAGGGCAGUCCUCGAGUCGGUGGUCGCGGACGUGGAGCAGCCCCCUGCCGCGUGCAUUGUCUUCGACGCCAACCUCCUCGCCGUGCCCAGGGCUGCCUCGGCCGUCGGGCUCAGGACGCUGGUGCUGCGCACCGCGAGCGCGGCCUGCCUCGGAUGCUUCAUGGCGUACCCCAUGCUUCACCAGAAGGGCUACCUGCCGCCGCAAGAAUCGGACCUCUACAUGCCGGUGAAAGAGCUGCCGCCGCUGAGGGUAAGGGACCUCUUCUACUCGACCUGGAGCGACCACAAGAAGAUGCGCGACCUACUCGCUCGGGCCAACGAAGCAAUGGAGAACUCCUCUGGCGUAGUCAUCAACACACUGGACGCUCUGGAGAAACCAGAGCUAGAGAGGAUCCGCGAGCAGCUCCACGUCCCUAUCGUACUCGCUCCUGGCCCUCUCCACAAGCUCUGCUCUUCUAAGAGCACAAGCAGUCACAGCACGCUGGACCACCAAGACCACAGCUGCAUCAGGUGGCUGGACAAGCAGCCUUCAGAAUCCGUGCUGUACGUGAGCUUCGGGAGCCUGGCUUCCCUGGACUCCGACGAGUUCUCGGAGGUGGCUUGGGGUCUGGCCAACAGUGGCCACCCGUUUCUAUGGGUGGUCCGCGCGGACUCGGUACGGGGCUCGGACGGUCCGGCGGCUCUCCCAGACGGCUUCGAGGCUGCAGUUCAUGGCAGGGGCAAGGUGAUACGGUGGGCGCCGCAGCAGGAGGUGCUGGCGCACCCUGCGGUCGGUGGGUUCUGGACCCACAGUGGGUGGAACUCCACGCUGGAGAGCGUCAGCGAGGGUGUUCCGAUGAUGUGCAGGCCGCAGUUCGCGGAUCAGAUGAUGAACGCGAGGUACGUGGUGGACACGUGGGGUGUAGGGUUGGAGCUGGAAGGUGAGCUUCAAAGAGGCGGAGUAGAGAUGGCCAUUAGGAAGCUCAUGAAGGGAAGGGAUGGGGAGGAGAUGAGGGGAAGAGCCAAGGAGCUCAAGAAGAUUGUAGCGGAUUGUUUGGAAGCUCGUGGGACUUCUCAGGUUGCCACUGACAAGUUGGUGAAUUACAUACUUUCAUUGUGAUCUUUGUGUGUGCUAUCUACUUUUUUUUUUUUUUUGCAGCUGAGGAAUCUGAAUUCUGAAUUGUAAUUUAUGUUUAAUUUGGUGAAUUAAACAUAAAGUACGAUUCGAAUCAAGUAUAGGUUUAGAAGAAAAAAAAAUGUCAGUUAGCAUAGGCUUUCUGCACUUUUUCACUAAAAAUGGAAAAUUAAUUGUGCGAAGCAAUGAAGAAGUACUACUGUACAAUGCAAGAAGUUCCAAUGAUUGCCAUUGCCCAUUA